UGCGCUUGCGUGCUUUGUAACGGCACCACCGGAAGUUACAUGGAGGGCUACACGCUUUGAGUUUGCAAGCUAGUUUAGCUUUUCAAAAGUUAGCACUGAGUUUUAACUCCAGAGUUGAUACUGUCUUGAAAGAAAUGCCUUCCCUAAAUGGAAAAGCUGACGUUUUAUUUGAGGAUGAUGAUCUUCCCUAUGAAGAGGAGAUUAUCAGGAAUCCAUACUCAGUCAAGUGUUGGAUGCGCUACAUUGAAUUCAAACAAAAUGGAGCCAAAUCCACCCUGAACAUGAUAUAUGAACGGGCUCUGAAGGAAUUGCCUGGAAGCUAUAAGUUGUGGUACAAUUAUCUGAGAGAAAGGAGGAAACAAGUCAAAGGAAAAUGCAUUACAGAUCCAGCAUAUGAAGAGGUCAAUAACUGCCACGAAAGAGCACUUGUGUUUAUGCACAAGAUGCCCAGGAUAUGGAUUGAUUACUGUCAGUUCGUCGUGUCACAGUGUAAGAUCACGAGAAGUCGGAGAACGUUUGACCGGGCUCUAAGAGCACUACCUGUAACCCAGCACCCACGAAUCUGGCCUUUGUACCUGCGCUUCGUUCACAGCCUGCCCCUGCCUGAAACAGCCCUGCGGGUAUAUCGAAGGUACCUUAAGCUAUCUCCAGAGAAUGCAGAAGAGUACAUAGACUACUUGCGGUCUGUUGGUCGCUUGGAUGAAGCAGCUGUGCGAUUAGCAGCAAUUGUAAACGAUGAAAGCUUUGUGUCCAAAGAGGGCAAGUCCAACUAUCAGCUGUGGCACGAGCUGUGCGACCUGAUCUCUCAGAAUCCCGAUAAAGUGACCUCUUUAAAUGUUGGAGCCAUCAUACGAGGUGGCCUCACACGCUUUACAGACCAACUUGGAAAACUUUGGUGCUCUUUGGCUGAUUAUUACAUCAGGAGUGGCCACUUUGAGAAAGCACGGGAUGUUUAUGAGGAAGCCAUACUUACUGUAGUAACUGUGAGGGAUUUCACUCAAGUGUUUGAUAGCUAUGCUCAGUUUGAGGAGAGCAUGAUUGCUGCAAAGAUGGAGACCACUGCUGAGAUGGGACAAGAGGAGGAAGAUGACAUAGACCUGGAGCUUCGUCUGGCCCGCUUUGAGCAGCUAAUUGCCCGGCGGCCACUUCUGCUCAACAGUGUACUGCUGAGGCAGAAUCCCCAUAAUGUGCACGAGUGGCACAAGCGAGUAAAACUUUAUGAAGGAAAUCCACGACAGAUCAUCAAUACAUACACUGAGGCAGUACAGACAGUGGAUCCAAUGAAGGCCACUGGAAAACCUCAUUCUCUCUGGGUUUCUUUUGCUAAAUUCUAUGAGGAAAAUGAACAGCUGGAUGACGCCAGGACAAUCUUUGAGAAGGCUACUAAAGUAAACUACAAACAAGUGGAUGACCUUGCUGCAGUUUGGUGUGAAUAUGGAGAGAUGGAACUUCGCCAUGAGAAUUAUGAUCAGGCACUACGCAUACUGAGGAAAGCUACAGCAAUCCCAUCUAAGAAAGCAGAGUACUUUGAUUCAUCUGAGCCAGUCCAGAACAGAGUCUACAAGUCCCUGAAGGUCUGGUCUAUGCUGGCAGACCUCGAGGAGAGUCUUGGGACUUUUCAGUCUACAAAAGCAGUGUAUGACCGCAUUAUUGAUCUACGCAUUGCCACUCCUCAAAUUGUCAUCAACUAUGCCAUGUUCCUUGAAGAGCACAACUACUUUGAGGAAAGCUUUAAAGCAUAUGAACGAGGGAUCGCUCUCUUCAAGUGGCCAAAUGUUUAUGACAUCUGGAACACUUACCUUACCAAGUUCAUUGACCGCUAUGGCGGCAAAAAAUUGGAGCGAGCCAGAGAUUUAUUUGAACAAGCCCUGGAUGGCUGCCCUGCCAAGUUUGCCAAGACCAUUUAUCUGUUGUAUGCCAAACUGGAAGAGGAGUAUGGAUUGGCACGGCAUGCCAUGGCUGUCUAUGAAAGAGCAACGCAGGCAGUAGAAACUGAAGAGAGACACCAUAUGUUUAACAUCUACAUCAAGAGAGCAGCUGAAAUUUAUGGCGUUACGUACACCAGAGCUAUUUACCAGAAGGCUAUUGAGGUUCUUCCUGAUGAGCAUGCGAGGGAUAUGUGUAUGCGAUUUGCUGACAUGGAGUGCAAACUUGGGGAGAUUGACCGUGCCAGAGCAAUCUACUCCUAUUGCUCUCAGAUCUGUGACCCAAGGGUGACAGCAAAUUUCUGGCAGACCUGGAAGGAAUUUGAGAUUCGCCAUGGAAAUGAGGAUACAAUUAGGGAGAUGUUGAGAAUCAAGCGCAGUGUCCAGGCUACCUACAACACCCAGGUCAACUUUAUGUCCUCGCAAAUGCUGAAGGUUUCAACAAGCUCUACAGGCACUAUUUCAGAUCUUGCUCCUGGCCAGAUGGGAAUUGAUGAUAUGAAAAUGUUGGAGCAGAAAGCUCAGCAACUUGCUGCAGAGGCUGAGCAGGACAAACUCAAACCCAAGGAGAAAAUUCUGUUUGUCAGGAGUGAUACUUCUCGCAGUGAGUUGGCUGAGCUUUCCAAACAAGCCAAUCCUGAUGAGAUAAAUAUUGACGACGACGAGGAUGAAGAUGAGGAUGACCAAGGACCCGAUGAGGUGCAACUUGAGCAGAAGAGUGUUCCAACAGCUGUCUUCGGAGGUCUUAAAGAGGACUGAAAAAUGACUCAUUAAAUUUAGCAAAAAUCCAAACUUAUAUAAUAUUUCAGUGGCUACAUAUUUUAGAUUACAGUGAAUGUUUAGAUGUAUCAUUAGUUUGACAGAAUGAUACAGACAUCCUUAAGAAUCAGCAGGAGAACUUUCCCUUUAAAGUUUUGUUUUUUAGGUGAAGAGCUGUAUCUAUUUUGACCACAUGAUGUCAGUAACUUAAAGCCCAGCAUGUUCAUUUUAUUGGGUAUUUUUUAAAUUAUACGUUUUGUUGGAGUUGGAUACUUGCUCACACUUAUUUUGUUUGAAAAUAAAUACAUUUAAUACAUGUUUUUUUACCAGAACAAAAUUUAAAUAUGUUGGGGAGGAACAUUGUUUCAUUAGCUUUGAAUGUUACAAAUGAUAAUGUUAAGAAUUUGCAAAAAGUUGAGAACUUGUAGAUUAAUUCUUUGUAGUAAUUCAGUUCAAGCGGUGGUUGCAUGUGUACAUUAAACUGUUUGUUGUUGAAUGGUGGAAUUACAUACAAUUUCAAAUAAUCAUUGAUUUAAUAGUUUGA